AAGAAACACGCAAGGAAAACGCCUGAGCCGAUCUGAAUCGCGCUUACACUCCUCUUCUUAGUUCUUACCUCCCCAAACCCUAGCCUCCCCGAUCCAUCUACACAUCGAGAUUUCGGCGGCCGAUGCCUCCGCCACCGCCGCCGCGGUCUCCUAGCACCGUUUCCGCUUAGGGUCCAUCGGUCCUGCUUCCUCCCCGUCCACAAGAUUUGCGCGACGCAUCGGCGAUUUGAGCUCUGCGUGCUGUUCGGGCGCGGCCAUGAACAGCGCGUUCAGCGAGGAGAUACUCGCUGACAAGCUCGCCAAGCUCAACAAUACGCAGCAAUGCAUCGAGACGCUGUCGCAUUGGUGCAUUUAUCAUAGAAAGAAUGCAGAGCAAAUUGUCCAGACUUGGGACAAGCAGUUCCACAGCUCUAGCAAGGAGCAGAAAGUCCCUUUCCUGUAUCUUGCUAAUGACAUCUUACAGAACAGCAAGCGCAAUGGGACAGAGUUUGUAGAAGAAUUUUGGAAGGUUCUCCCUGGGGCGCUUAAAGAUGUAACUGAGAAUGGUGAUGAUCGUGGGAAGAAGGUGGCAUCUAGGCUGGUUGACAUAUGGCAAGAAAGGAGAGUUUUUGGUUCACGCGCUGGGGGCAUCAAGGAUGUGAUGCUUGGAGCUGCCCCUCUUCCUGUUUUAGAUAUGACAAAAAAGCGCUCUCAUGGUUCGGGCAUAAAGAUUGUCAAAAGAGAUUCGCGCUCUGUAAAACUUAGACUAGGUGUGGGAGGAACUGCAGAGAAAAUUGUAUCUGCAUUGCAUACUGUUCACAGUGAACAAGCAGAUGAAGAUGCUGACCUGGAAAAAUGCAAGACUUCUAUGCGUCAUGUUGGAAAGCUGGAGAAGGAUGUUGACAGUGCCUGUAGCAAAGCUGAAGAUCCUCGUCGUGAGGUUCUUUGUGCAGAAUUAAAGGACGAGGAGGCUAACAUGAAAAAAUGCAUUGAAAAGCUAAAAGUAGUUGAAGCAAAUAGAGCAGCUGUUGUGUCUGAAUUGAAGGAGGCAUUGCAGGAACAGGAAUCUGAAUUGGAGAAAGUUCGUACUCAGUUACAGCUGGCUGAAGCAAUGGUACAUGAAGCCUCUAACAUGCAACGGAGACUCAAGAAUGAGCCAACCAUUCCGCUUCCCAAGUCAGCAGAGCCAGGAAAGGCGCUUCCCAAUGGGCAAGUAAAGGAGCAGCAGAAGACAGCUGCUGCUAUCCUUGCGGACAAGAUUGCAGCAUCAUCAAACUCUCAGCAGAUACUGCAGUCUGCACUUUCUAAGUUUGCUGCUGAAGAAGCGAAGAAUUCAUCUGAAACGCGCUCAGAUAAGAGGCAAAAAACUGACCAACCCUUGCAGGUCCCAAGUGCAGCCAAUGCUGCUGCUUUCGUUCCAAUGCCACAAGUGGUUGCCACAACAGCUCAGCAGCAGCCCCAGGCAAUGCUAGUACAGCAAGCACCUAUGCAAAGCCAAGCCCCUGCUCCCCAGCCCCAGUACAACAUCUACCAGGCCCCUCCCCAGCAGUUUGUCCAGCAGCCUGGAGGUGUAAUGAUGGGCAUGCCUUACAACAUGAGCACCAUGACCCCGCCCCCGCCUCCACCACCGCCGCAGAUGAUGAACUUAGGAAGGCCAUCACCUUCAGCACCCCAGCCGCAAAUGGCUGUCAUGCCGCAGACACAGCCUCAACCCAUGCUUCAGCAGCAGAUGCCGAUGAACCUAGCCCCUCAGAUGCAGUUCGCCCUUCAGCAGCCUGGCGUGCCGCCCUUCAGGCCGAUGCAGCAGCCGCCGCCCCCUGGAAUGCAAUACUUCCACCCCCAAUCUCAGUGACAUUUUUGGUAGCUUAGCCCUGUUAAACUUUUGACAGGUUUUUUUCCCCCGAUUUAGCGUUGACUUGGUAGGCAGGAUCUGACUGCUGUAGAGUAUACUGUCUGUCUGUGGUUGGUCAUUUCGUCAUGUUGUUGUACUUGUACAUGUAAUGCGAGGAGAGUAAAGAUGCGAGGAGAGGGUAACAGGAAGAUUAAAGAUUCAGAUA